GUCGACGCGUAUCGAGCGCACGUCAGUGUCAGUAGCCAGUUGUCAGGUGUCGGCCGCGGAGUACGCGUGUGUGUUCAGUGAAGUGCGCGGGGCUCCACCAUGGCUCUGCUCAGACGUCUAGCCGUCAACGCGCCCCGGGGCGCCCGCGCCCUCGCCUCGGCGCCGCCGCCGGCGCGCGACGAACUCGACCUUUCCUUCAGCAGCCCUAAAGAUGCCUUCAAGAGCAAGAAGACGAGCGAGCUGGUGCGGGCGUACCUCGUCUACCAGAUUUGCUCGGUCAACUGGCUCGUUGAAAACAACGACAUGGUGAUGAAGCGGAUGCGGCAAGUGGUCGGCAAGAAGCUCUUCGAAAUGAUAAUGAAAGCCACGUUCUACGGGCAAUUCGUCGCUGGCGAAGACCAGAAUAAGAUCCGACCCACGCUCGACAGGCUGCGAUCAUUCGGCGUCAAGUCGAUCCUCGAUUACUCCGUUGAAGAGGAUCUCUCUCAGGAGGAAGCGGAGAAGCGAGAAGUCAGCGCUUCAAUCUCCCAGAGCGGAGAAAAAGAGGAAGAGGGACAGCUGAAGCAGUACCAUGUGGAGCAGCGCUUCGCCGACCGCCGGUACAAAGUGCACAGUGCGCGCACGUACUUCUACCUCAACGAGGCGGCGUGCGAGAGGAACAUGGAGGCGUUCCUCAAGAGUAUCGAAGCUGUGGCCGACACCACGAAAAGCACCGGCCUCAUGGCGGUUAAGUUGACCGCGCUGGGAAGACCUCAGUUGCUGUUGCAACUGUCCGAAGUGAUCAUGCGCGCCCGCAACUACAUGCAGCAGAUCGUCGGCGGUACGGGCAAUGUGCUCACCCACCACAAGACCAUCGAGGAUCUGCAGCGAUACUUUGGAGACCACAGCGCCAAGCCAGAGGUUCAGGAGUUCAUGAAGCAGAUGACUUCGGACAAAGAGGGUAUCGUUCAUUUGUUCCCCUGGUCGGGAAUCCUCGACAAGGACAUGGGCCUGUCGGACUCAUUCCGUGUGCCGGACCCUAAGACCGGCCAGAUGAGACGGCUCAUCUCACAGAUCCUGCCUAAGGAAGAGGAGAUGUUCCGAAACAUGCUCCGACGGCUCAACCACAUCAUCCAGACCGCGAACGAAGCCGACGUGCGAAUCAUGAUCGACGCUGAACAGACUUACUUCCAGCCGGCCAUCAGUCGCAUCUGUCUCGAGAUGAUGCGUCGGUACAACAAGGACAAGUUCCUCGUGUUCAACACGUACCAGACCUACCUGAAGAACACCUACAACGAGAUCCUCACCGACCUGGAGCAAGCCGAGCGGCAGAACUUCUAUUGGGGCGCCAAGCUUGUCCGCGGCGCUUACAUCGAGCAGGAGCGCGCGCGAGCUGCGGCGAUGGGUUACGAGGACCCCUCGUGUGAGAGCGUGGAGGCUACCACGGUGUCCUUCCACAAGUGCCUCAAGGAGAUCCUUUCCAGGGUCAAGGAACGCGAGGGCAAGGCCUCCCAGCUGGGCAUCAUGGUGGCGAGCCACAACGAGGACACGGUCCGCUACGCCAUCGAGCUGAUGCAGCAGCACGGCAUCCGGCCCGGGGACAAGGUGGUCUGCUUCGGCCAGCUGUUCGGCAUGUGCGACCAUGUCACCUUCCCGCUCGGUCAAGCCGGCUACUCCGCGUACAAGUACGUGCCGUACGGGCCCGUGAACGAGGUGCUGCCGUACCUGUCGCGGCGCGCCAACGAGAACCGCGGCUUCCUCUCCAAGAUCAAGAAGGAGAAGAACCUCCUCCUCAAGGAGAUCGCGCGCCGAGUGCUCACCGGACAGAUGUUCUACAAGCCCGUCGGCAACUACAAGCCGGUCUAAAAACCACUUUAACACCCUGUGCUGUAGUCUAAUUUCCUUUGCGGAGUGUUUCGGUUCGAGUUAAAAGUAGUGUGACUCGGAGCGGAUUGUGAUAUGGAUCAUCGGGUUUGUUGUGAAGGUGGUAUGGGAUACUGGCCGGUUGGAAUGUCUAUGGGUGGUUUAAGCAUCGAUCGUUUAAAGGUAAGCGUAAAACGUCCCUGUUUACUGAGGUUAUAAACUAAAAUUCCAUUAUAGUCGGCAACAUUGGUUCCUACGAAUAUAACAGUGGUGACGUCUGUAGUGAAAACAUCGUUAAUUAGUUACAGAUGGCAAAACUACUAACGUCAUCUAUAAGUAAAGGACAGUUUUUAAUCCCAUAAAAAUGACACCUUUUUUAAAAGUUUGGCGUUUUAGGCCUACCGAGAACGCUACAAGUGAGAUAUUGUGCAUCUCACUCACGAUUAAAAUAAUUCAACGCGUUAGAAAGUGUAGAAAAAUGGCGGCUCGACACCGGCAGUACGGUUUUUGAAAUAUGUAUGUUUGUUACUAGUCAAUGGAAUGGAAACGGUCAGUAUUUUCGAAUGUCACCUUUAAUGUCAAUGUGUGCGUGAACGGAUCAAUUCAGCAGUACACGAGGAUAUCUGUAAAAUAAAGUUUGUCAAAAUGGAUCAAAUGUUGUUACAAUCGUGAAUGUACCCCGCUUGUCAUAAUAGGAAAUUAAUUGUAUUUAUUUUAAUGCUUAAUUUAUUUUAAUAGGAAGGGUAAUCGACUUUACGUAGUUGAAACAAAGUCCAAAUUAACUUAAGUAGUUAUACAUGUCUUAUUUACAGGCAGUUGUAACUUGUAAUUACAAUAUCAGCGAUGUUUCUGUGCUAUUUAUAGGAGUUUUACAAAAUGCAAUCAAUUAUGUGUCCUAAUACCGGAUCUUAGAGUCCUUGUUACUGUGUUUAAUUUAAAUGAUUGUUAUUAAAAUUUGUUCCAUCUCUUUUGUAUGAUGUUUUAAAUGAUGUAAUGAUGAUGGAUCUUAUGGUUAUAACUCGUUCUCAAGCAAGGUUUUACAAUAACACUGGUGUAUGGACUUAGGUGACAUAUUAAGGCCUGUAACUUUUUUAUUAUAUAAUAAAUAAAGGAACUAAUAACUGUUUAUAGACUUAUCUAUUAUUUUAUAUCUUAUUUAUAUUUAUGAUAAAUAUAAAUUGUGUCCUUUUAUACAAAAUCAAAAGCAUCGUAUAAUUAUGUAUGUUUCAAAUUAUAAGAAUUGUUAAAACUAUUUAUAUAUAAAUUAAUUUUUAACAAGCAGAAACGUCUGCGAUCGAUGCUAUUAAGCUUAGAAUAAAUUUAAAAGUGGAAAAAUUACUGCCUUGGGUGCGCUAGGGUCCCCUAGACCCAUAUAGUGGGAAGAUUUGCUGACUAUGGAUGAGGUCUUGGUGGCUCAGUUGGCAGAGCGCUGGAGUAUCGAUCCAGAGGCCGUGAGUUCAAGUCUCACCCAAGGCAGUAAUUUUUCCACUUUUAAAUCUAUUUAUAUAUAAUUUAUAUCAUGUAACAUACAUUGUUGUACUGAAAAUUUUAUACAUUUAUACAUCAAUAGUAAGUUACUUGCCUUGAGAUAUCACCUAAAAGCGUGUCAGUAUGUUACUAGUAUAUCGGAAAGAUGUAAAAGUUUUCAUUUAGACAAUAACAAAUUACGUAGAAAAUGAUGGAAAUGAAGUGGUUUUUUUUAUGGACUAUUUCCUUUUGGUAUUACAAUUAAAAUUAUAAUUCAGACACUCUUAAAGAGUUCUGUCUCACAAAAUCAGAAAUUAAUCAGAUAUUAAUUUUAAAACCCCAAAAAUUCAAAAUGUAUCUAGCCUGCGUCCAUUAUGAUUAUUUUUACAUUCAAUUUUGUCAAAACUUCAGUUCGAUAGUUUUGUAAAAGAUAUCAGCGUGUUGCAGUUUUGAUAAAGCUGAAGAAACUGUUUAAUUUAUUGUUAUUAUUUAUUUUAACAGAUAACUCUCCUCGUAUUGUAAAUGUGUUUAGUUUUUUUCUUGUUUAUUGUUGGUGACGUUUGUGAAUCAUGAGGACUACUUUAAUGAGUUUACUAGUUUACUUUACUUAUAUUAAAACAUCAAAUCUCUCGAUAACAUUAAAAUGCUUGUUCAGCAUAAUGUAAUUGGGAUUUUUCACGACACAUUUGCUUUUACAGACCCUCCUUUUAUCUUUUUUGAAAAAGCCACAGAGAAAACGAUUUAAAAUGACCAUCGGUAAGUGGCGCCAUCUGUUCAAGUAGCAUGCAGUUGUAAGUUUCUUUGCAAUAUUAGGCUAUAUCAAUGUCGCGUUUGAACAACUAUUUACUUAAAUCGAAUACGAAUGCAUUUCAUUGUGUUCCAGGUUAUAAAUUAAGUUAGAAAUCUGAAUUUUCAUGUUAUUUAUUAUGUAAUAUACUUAAUAUAGAUAGCUGGUCCAAUGAAUUUUCCUACCUUCUGAUAAUAUGGGUUAUACGCAAGCGAAGCUCCAUUUCUGUUAAAGAUUGUAGGUACAAAUUGAAGUUCCUUGAGCUGGAUUCGAUAUUUAAAACCAUUUGUAUUGAAUAGGAAAGUUAACAUCUUUGUACAAUAAUGGUGGCAAGAAACGAAAAACAUGUUUGUUUUAAGUUUUACGAUUUGAUCGCAGUUAUAACCCGUAUUUAAGGCGAUAUCUAAGGAAAGAAAGGCUUGCAAAUUUUAUUAUUUGCAAAGCACUUUUAUAUUCCCCUAUUGCCACCUCAAAUCAGUUCCUACGUCAUUGGUUUAGGUUCAAUUUUAUUUAAAAUUAGUUGUUUUUAUUUUGCUUUGUAAAAAUAUUGUGAAGUUGCAAAGCCAUAUGAUUACAAUCGAAAAAUCGGCCUCGACGUAAGUAAUGACAUAUUUAGCACAAGUAUUUUAACCCGUACAGGAUACUUAUAAAUAUAACAUAACAGUACCUAUAAAUAUAACAAAAGGGCUCAAAGUACAAAAAAAGAUAUAUGGUUGAAAAGUUAAAAGCAAUGAAAAUCAUAACUUUUGCAUAUGUACAAUAUGGGUCCUAAGUUACAUCCUUGGGGCACACCGUCCUUACUUUCAAUGCAGACAAAUGGAAAUCCAUUUUAUACUUUAUUUUUCAAACAAAAAUAUAAAAGCAAGUGAAAGGGAUUAUGAAUAGCUAUACAUAUUUAUUAUAUUAUACCUUCAGGGGAAAAAAAAGUUAGAUCUUGGAUUUUUGUGUCUUAAACACACAAAAAUUUAAAAUGCCUUGGGUAAGUCCAAUCUACAUAGGUUAAAGAACUUGUGCAAAGUAUAUGAAGUUGUCGAAUCUCAUUGCAUUUUCAGUAUUAAUGUUUACGUCGGGGUUUUCUAAAAUUGUUAAUUUCGUAUUAUGUUGUUUAAUUCGAUUUAUUUGUAAGCGGUUUUACGUUCUUUACCGUCGCUUAUCAUAAUUGUGAUGCUAUUUUUAGAUUAUUUUACGAAUAGACAUUUAAUAAAGACAUAAGCUCGUUUUGAUAAUUUAUUUUUAUUUUAAUCCUAUUUUUUAUUAACAUUCAUUACUUUCAACACACUAACCAUACCUUGCAUUAUAAUAGUGUAAAGUUUGCAUUAUAGUACCUAUUGAAGUAAAGCUUGUAAAACGUGUGCUCAUUUUUACUGCAUUUGUUAAAUGACAUUUUGCAAAAACCCUUCUAAGAUCUCUUCUUAACUUUAAUGGUAAAACUAAUGUGUUGCAUAGUAGAACUAAACUGACUCUAGAAGUCUUAACUGACAAUUUUACCAGUAAAGAUGCACAAUCCUGAACAACACCUGAUGUCCUAUUAAUGAAAUAACAAAAACUACUCGAGAUUACCUUAAAUUGAAUAAUCAUUGAAAUAAGGGUCGGUAAGGUAAGGGUUGUCAUUACUAAUUAAUUGAAUUUGUCAACGUUUGGAGACAACGUAAUGUAGAUUCACCCUAUACCUACCUAUUAAAUGUUUGUGGAAAGUUUAGACUUAUACUGUUGGGAAAACGUCUAAAUUAUUUGUGUAAUAAUAGGUAAUAGUAAUAAUUAGUUUUCUUCUGAAAUGUAAAGAAAACUGAAUUCACCAGACCGACCCUGGAUAGCAUAGCAAUGAGUCAUUGCAGACAAUAAUAGUAAUAUUUACUUGUAUGUUAUUGUCAAUAUUGUCAUUAUCGGUCCAUGUUGAUUGGUAUAAUAUUUACGCCCUUUUUCAAAACCGAAUAUUAAAAUAAAUGUAAGUUUGUUGUUUAACAAAUAUAUCAAUUCGGAGAUUCGUAUUAAGCUUUAAGGUUGGGAAUUCUCGUUGAAUAUCACAUGGCUUAUCUUUCGUUCAAUUCUUGAAUGAAAAUGCGUUUAUUAUAUCACGAUAUUUGGCAUGGUGUUUUAAGACUGGAUCAAAGUUUGAUGUGGAAUUGAUGUAAAUUUCCUUGGCAAAUAAUGUAAUGGUUAAUAUCAAAGUUAUCGCAGAAAGGGACAAACUAUAUCAUAUUUUAAGGGUGAAUUGACCUAUUAUAAUUUGAUAUAAUGUACCUAUAUUAAACUGUCUCGGUUCUACCUAUUGUCAGAACCCACCCAUUGGAAUAAUUGAUUACUAAUCAAAAUUACAAAUCAAAUUACUAAAAAAAACAUUAGUAAUCAAUGUGUUGUUUUGUAAUGUUUUUUCUGCCGCUGGGUUAAAAAUUGUGACAUUUUUAAUAACUUUUAUUAUCAAGGAAGAAAUUCUUAAGUAAACUUUCAUGUGUGUGGUGUCAAAAUUCGUGGGUUCAAUCCUCGGUUGUAACCAGCUCGGUUCAAACCGGAGCAGAAAAAUCGUACUAGAAAAAAUGCUAAAAGAAGACUGAACAUUCGGUUAGGGUCUUUAUCAUACGAAGACAGGUUAAAUCACCUUCGGCUAUCGAAACGCUUGCAUUAUAGUUAGGUUUUUAGCGGCUGUAGGCUUCUGUAGCGUUAUUAUAAGUUAUCGGCUUUGGAAAAGGGCAUUAAUUAGAUAUUUGAGAAAUAAAGACGUUUAAUGUUGA